CCCACCCCGGGUCGGCCGCGGCUGCGGGAGGCGGAGCGGAGCCGGCGGGUUGUGGCUGUACUAACACCAUUAGUGGUUUGCCACUCUUAGAGUGUCCCCUUCUCGCAGUAUCUGUGCUUGCCCACCAGCCACUAUGAGGAGAUUGGCUUUUCGAGGUGCUGGUUCUACUCUGGUAAAUCUGAAGAAGUUGGAUUCCAUGGGUUCCAAGAGGCGAAGAGCUACCUCUCCUUCCAGCAGUGUCAGCGGCGGAGACUUCGAUGAUGCCCAUCACUCCACCAAUACACCAGGCCCAAGCAGGAAGAGGAGGAGACUUUCCAAUCUCCCAACUGUAGAUCCUAUUGCUGUCUGCCAUGAGCUGUACAACACCAUCAGAGACUACAAAGAUGAGCAGGGCAGGCUCCUUUGUGAGCUCUUCAUCAGGGCACCCAAGAGAAGAAAUCAGCCAGAUUAUUAUGAAGUGGUUUCUCAGCCGAUUGAUUUAAUGAAAAUCCAACAAAAGCUGAAGAUGGAGGAGUAUGAUGAUGUGAAUGUGCUGACUGCUGAUUUCCAGCUUCUCUUUAACAAUGCAAAGGCUUACUAUAAGCCAGAUUCUCCUGAAUAUAAGGCUGCCUGCAAACUGUGGGAGCUGUAUUUGCGCACAAAAAAUGAAUUUGUUCAGAAAGGUGAUGCUGAGGAGGAUGAUGAUGAUGAAGAAGGACAUGACAAUCAAGCAAAUUCUGAAUUAUCAUCUCCAGGUUACCUGAAGGAAAUUCUGGAACAGCUUCUUGAAGCUAUAGCUGUUGCCACAAACCCCUCAGGACGCCUCAUAAGUGAACUGUUUCAGAAACUUCCUUCUAAAGUGCAAUAUCCAGAUUAUUAUGCAAUAAUAAAGGAACCCAUAGAUCUUAAAACUAUUGCCCAAAGGAUACAGAAUGGAACUUAUAAAAGCAUUCAUGCCAUGGCCAAGGACAUAGAUCUUCUGGCAAAGAAUGCCAAAACCUACAAUGAGCCUGGAUCCCAAGUAUUCAAGGAUGCAAAUGCGAUUAAAAAGAUAUUUAAUAUGAAAAAGGCUGAGAUUGAGCACAGUGAGUUGGCCAAGUCAAGUCUCCGAAUCAGGACUGCAUCAAAUUUGGCUGCUUCCAAGCUGACAGGUCCUUCCUCACAGGGUAAAGGCAGUGUUGGGGAUGAGAGAAAUUCUUCUAACAAAUAUUAUCGUAACAAAAGAUCAGCCCAAGGGGAUCGUUUAUCAGCAAUAACCAUGGCUUUGCAAUAUGGAUCAGAAAGUGAUGAGGAUGCAGCUUUGGCUGCUGCUGCUCGCUAUGAGGAGGGAGAGUCUGAAGCUGAGAGCAUCACCUCCUUCAUGGACACCUCUAGUCCUCUUUACCAGCUUUAUGACACGGUUAGAAGCUGCCGCAACAACCAGGGCCAGCUCAUCUCUGAACCCUUUUUCCACUUGCCCUCCAAGAAAAAGUAUCCUGAUUAUUAUCAGCAAAUUAAAACACCCAUUUCGUUGCAGCAGAUCAGAACCAAGCUGAAGAACCACGAGUACGAAACUUUAGAUCAGUUGGAGGCUGAUCUGAAUUUGAUGUUUGAAAAUGCCAAGCGCUACAACGUCCCCAACUCUGCCAUCUAUAAAAGAGUGCUGAAAAUGCAGCAGGUUAUGCAGGCAAAGAAGAAGGAGCUUGCUAGGAGAGAUGACAUUGAGGAUGGGGACAGCAUGAUUUCUUCUGCUACGUCUGAUACUGGAAGCUCGAAAAGGAAAAGUAAAAAGAACAUACGAAAGCAGCGGAUGAAGAUCUUGUACAACGCGGUUCUGGAAGCUCGAGAGCCCGGCACAGGCAGGCGGCUCUGUGACCUGUUCAUGGUUAAACCAUCCAAAAAGGACUAUCCAGACUAUUACAAAAUUAUCCUGGAGCCGAUGGACUUGAAGAUGAUAGAGCACAACAUCCGCAACGACAAGUACGCGGCGGAGGAGGCCAUGAUUGAGGACAUGAAGCUCAUGUUCCGCAACGCCAGGCAUUACAACGAGGAGGGCUCCCAGGUGUACAAUGAUGCCCAUAUGCUGGAAAAGAUCCUUAAAGAAAAAAGGAAAGAGCUGGGACCCUUGGCUGAAGAUGAUGAUGUUGCAUCCCCUAAACUAAAGCUAAGCAGGAAAAGCGGCAUUUCUCCCAAGAAGUCCAAGUACAUGACUCCGAUGCAGCAGAAGCUGAACGAGGUGUACGAGGCGGUGAAGAACUACACGGACAAGCGCGGGCGGCGGCUGAGCGCCAUCUUCCUGCGGCUGCCGUCCCGCUCCGAGCUCCCCGACUACUACGUCACCAUCAAAAAGCCCGUGGACAUGGAGAAGAUCAGGAGCCACAUGAUGGCAAAUAAAUACCAGGACAUCGACUCCAUGGUGGAGGACUUUGUCAUGAUGUUCAAUAACGCUUGCACGUACAACGAGCCGGAGUCUUUGAUUUAUAAAGAUGCUCUGGUCCUCCACAAAGUUUUGCUCGAAACUCGGAGAGAGAUAGAAGGAGACGAGGAUUCUCACGUGCCCAACGUCACUUUGCUGAUUCAGGAGCUUAUCCAUAACCUCUUUGUAUCCGUUAUGAGCCACCAGGAUGAUGAGGGCAGAUGCUACAGCGACUCCUUAGCUGAGAUUCCUGCUGUUGAUCCCAACUUCCCAAAUAAACCUCCUCUGACUUUUGAUAUUAUUCGAAAAAAUGUUGAAAAUAAUCGCUACAGAAGAUUGGACUUGUUCCAGGAGAACAUGUUUGAGGUGCUGGAGAGGGCACGGAGAAUGAACAGGACUGAUUCGGAGAUCUACGAGGAUGCGGUGGAACUUCAGCAGUUCUUCAUUAAAAUUCGAGAUGAGCUGUGUAAAAAUGGAGAGAUUCUGCUCUCACCUGCUCUCAGCUACACCACCAAGCAUCUUCACAACGAUGUAGAAAAGGAAAAGAAGGAAAAGCUGCCCAAAGAAAUAGAGGAGGAUAAGCUAAAAAGGGAGGAGGAGAAGAGAGAAGCUGAAAAGAGUGAGGAUUCCUCUGGAUCAGCUGGGCUGUCUAGUUUGCAUCGGACCUACAGCCAGGACUGCAGCUUCAAGAACAGCAUGUACCACGUGGGGGAUUAUGUGUACGUGGAGCCUGCAGAGGCCAACCUGCAGCCGCACAUCGUCUGCAUCGAGAGGCUCUGGGAGGAUUCAGCUGGAGAGAAAUGGCUCUAUGGCUGCUGGUUUUAUCGACCAAAUGAAACCUUUCACCUUGCAACACGAAAAUUCCUGGAGAAAGAAGUUUUUAAAAGCGAUUAUUACAAUAAAGUUCCUGUUAGCAAAAUUUUAGGCAAAUGCGUGGUCAUGUUUGUCAAGGAAUAUUUUAAACUGUGCCCUGAAAACUUCAGAGAUGAGGAUGUCUACGUGUGCGAGUCUCGCUAUUCUGCGAAGACAAAGUCCUUUAAAAAGAUUAAGCUGUGGACUAUGCCUGUGAGCUCUGUCAGAUUUGUCCCACGAGAUGUGCCCCUGCCCGUGGUCAGAGUCGCUUCUGUGUUUGCCAAUACAGACAAAGUCGAUGAGGAGAAACACAGUGAAACACUGGAGGACAGUAAGGUGGGAGAAAGUAUCCUUCAUCUUGAAAAGGACAAAGAAGAUGUUCCAGUAGAAAUGUCCAAUGGGGAACCUGGUUGCCAUUACUUUGAGCAGCUCUGCUACAAUGACAUGUGGCUGAAGGUUGGGGACUGCGUCUUCAUAAAAUCACACGGGCUGGUGCGGCCUCGAGUCGGGAGAAUUGAGAAGAUGUGGGUGCGAGAUGGAGCCGCAUAUUUCUUUGGUCCUAUCUUUAUACAUCCUGAAGAAACUGAGCACGAGCCAACUAAAAUGUUCUACAAGAAGGAGGUGUUUUUGAGUAACCUGGAGGAGACCUGUCCCAUGACUUGCAUUUUGGGAAAGUGUGUCGUUCUGUCAUUCAAAGACUUCCUCUCCUGCAGACCAACAGAAAUCUCCGAAAACGACGUUUUUCUUUGCGAGAGCCGCUACAACGAAAGCGACAAACAGAUGAAGAAAUUCAAGGGGUUGAAGAGGUUUUCACUGUCUGCGAAAGUUGUAGAUGAUGAAAUAUACUAUUUUAGAAAACCCAUAGUUCCUCAGAAAGAGCCAUCUCCUCUACUGGAAAAGAAGAUUCAGCAGCUGGAAGCAAAAUUUGCUGAGUUGGAAGGAGGUGAUGAGGACAUGGAAGAGAUGGGAGAAGAGGAAGGUGAUAUGACUGAAACACCUUCUAUGCCUCAGCUUCAGGCCCCUUUAGCCAGUGAUUUGGAUAUAAUGCCUUAUACUCCACCACAGUCCACUCCCAAGUCUGUUAAGGGCAGCACCAAGAAGGAGGGAUCAAAAAGGAAGAUCAACAUGAGUGGGUACAUCUUGUUUAGCAGCGAGAUGAGAGCUGUGAUUAAAGCUCAGCACCCAGACUACUCCUUUGGAGAGCUCAGCAGACUUGUAGGAACUGAAUGGAGAAACUUGGAAGCAACAAAGAAAGCAGAAUAUGAAGGCAUGAUAAGUGGCUAUCCACCGGUGCUGCCACCUUUGCAGGGCCCAGUUGAUGGCAUUGUUAGCAUGGGCAGCAUGCAGCCACUUCACCCAGGGGUGCCCCCACCCCACCAACUCCCGCCAGGUAUGCCAGGCAUCCCAGGCAUCCCACCACCCGGUGUUAUAGGCCAAAAUGUGUCCCCUAUGGUAGGCACUCCAGCACCAGGAGCGAGUCCUUUUGGACAGCAGAUGGGGAUCCUGGGCCCGCCGGGCCAGCAGGCGCCCCCGCCGUACCCCGGGCAGAGCCCCGCCAGCCAGCCCGUCCUGCAGCAGCCCAGCACGCCCAUGUUCGUCUCCCCUCCACCAAAGACACAGAGGCUCCUCCAUUCCGAAGCCUACCUGAAAUACAUUGAGGGGCUCAGCGCUGAGUCCAACAGCAUCAGCAAGUGGGACCAGACCCUUGCAGCACGGAGACGAGACGUGCACCUGUCCAAGGAGCAGGAGAGCCGCCUGCCCUCGCACUGGUUGAAGAGCAAAGGGGCUCACACCACCAUGGCCGACGCGCUGUGGCGCCUGCGGGACCUGAUGCUGCGCGACACGCUGAACAUCCGCCAGGCCUACAACCUGGAGAACGUGUAGGCACGGCAACGCUCCUGCUCCAGGAGUUCAUGGGACAAUAGCUGGUUUAGUUACUGGGUGGGAAGAGAUAACCAACAAUAAUUUGUAUUGCAUUUUACUGUACAUUGCAAGACCAUUUUUAUAUAAGGACACUUUUAAUAAGCAUAUUUCACUUUUUGUUAUAUUAAGUUGACUUUAUCAAAUACACGGAUUUUUUGCAUAUGUUUCCUUUGUUUGAAAGGCGAUUUCAUAAAUGGUUGAGUGUAGUCAAGGAUUCAUCUUUCUUAUACUUAUUGCUGAGAAUCUGAUGCCAUUGUUUUUAUAUAAAAAAAAAAAAAAGGAAAACAAAAGUAUUUACGGAUUGAUACAGUGGAAUGUGAAUUAGUCAUAGUUUACAUCCUAUAAGAAUGUGUGUACCUGUGCUUGUGUGUGCUGGCCACUUCGGGCAGAACUGCUCGGGUGUGAACAGGGAGGAUCUCUUAAAAGAAGCUAAAGGUAAAAUGUGCUUUGGCACUAAGGAAAAUUGGCAUUCCGAGUCAACACUGAGGCGGCUGAGUGGGCUACAGCAGCUGUGGAAGUGCUGCUGUAGAUGGGACAAGGGUGUCUUGACUGCUCAUGUUGUCCAGUCCUGUCCAGUUAUUUAACUGUGUAGCCAAGGCCAUUGUGAUCCUAACUCAGUAACACAGUCCCUGUGCUGGCAGGCCCUUAGAGGGGAAGUGUUUCAUCUGCCAUGGCCUGUGCUGGGGGUUCUGCGAUGUCCCCAACAUCCAGCAGUAGGACAGGGAAGCUCCUUCCCUGGGAGAUUCUGUCUGUGCUGGAAGAGGCUCGCAGAACUCGAAACCAGCUCAGGUCUUGGAAGGUAAGUUAGGGGAGAAAAGUGGAGUUGUUCUGUUAGUGAAGUAAUGUGACUUUUUUUAAAAUUCACUCAUACUCUGUUCAUGAUUGGGCAUUGUAAGACAUUUUUGUGUUCUUUCUUUAAAUAUUCAUUAACCUUAGUGAAAGUUUUGCAAUGGAAAUUUGAGUGAAAUUUGAUGCUUAAAUUAACUUGAAAGUAAAAUACUACUGUAUGGUAUGGUAUGUGUAAGGUCAGCAUACCCAGUACAUUGGAGAAAUAGAGUACUUGCAUUGCAGCCUUCAAAGGGUUUGGGGUUGGUUUUUUUUUUCUUUUUUUCUUACCUUUUUUUUUUAUUAUUAUUAAUCUAAGUAAAGUAGGUAUCAACUCUUCUUGCCAAAUUUCAAGGUUGUGGCUGCCUUCUGCUAAAGACUUACCUGUCCUCAUAACUAACCACCCUUUUGGACUAUAAUGUUAUUUGUUUAAAGGUAAAUCCUUUCAUUUAUUUAAUUUUGGAAAAAGAAUUAAUACUUUUGGAUUGCUUUAAGUAACUGGGAAAGCUCUAUGAAUUUGGGAAAAGUCAGGAGGACUUUUGUCCUUGUGGGCACUGCAACUCAGUCCAAAUGAACUGAUUUACUGAUACAUUUCAUUUAUGCUAGAGAUGUUCAUCAUGUGGAAAUGAGUUCUAAAGUCUGUUAGUACAGUACAUUUUAAUUUCAGUAUAUUUGGCAGAAGGUUAAAUUAAAUAUUUUCCUUCAAAUACUGGAUAUCUUAGGGUUUGUUUUGCCGGUGGAAUUAAUACUCAUGAGAGAAGUGACACUUGCAAGUAUAAACUGUGGUUUAAUUUUACUGGCCAAUUCCUCUCCCUCUCCUAUUGCAA